AUGCCCGAUCAGGGCAUGAAGAAGCCUCUUCUAUUCAUUGUGAACAACCCGUCGAAUUAUACCAAGGGCGAGAGAGACGCAAAGGCAGCAGUUGCCUCGCACGUGUCUGCCCGAUACCGAGGAUGGAGGAAGAUCAACCGGCGAAGCCUCAUGCUUGAUUCAACCACAAGAGCCAUCUUGACAACAAGUGGACUGCCUUCUUCACCACCAGUAAAGAUCAAGAUUGAAAUGGAGGAUCCCGCCUAUGCCAAAAACGUCGAACGACUCAACAAACACCACGAUGAAAUGACCCGAAGGAGCGAGCAUUUCUCUUCGGGAUUUUCCAAGAAGACCUUCCAAUUCCAGAAGGAAGAUAUUGAGGAUUGGGCCAUUUUCACCGACCUCAUCUCACCACAAAUUAGCAGCCUUGGUUCACAUUUCUUUGACCCAUUCAGCCCACCAAGUCUCAAGUUCGACACGGAAAUGAGGUCGAAUCUGCAUUUCUACUUCAAAGUCAUUCAUCCUUUUGCAACACACCUAAUGAAGCCAUGGUGCUGGUUCGACAACUUGGCUCAGAUUCAAAGCACGCCUGUUCUUGCCUAUGCUGUCGCUGCUUUCACGUCGAUCUUUUUGUCAGGUUGCCUCAAAGGUGGCCCUGGCGUCGUGCUACCACCAGCUGAGGAGAAAGGUCGAGUGUCGCUCUGGCCCAUUCCUCCAUGGCUUAGGCUUCAAACCAACUGUCUGGCAGAGCUGAAUGCUCUGUUGAGCAAGCCGAUGCCACAAAUGGUUGAAGAGUGCUAUGAGGCCAUUUUGUUUCUUUUUCGUAUCUCGGUCUUGCUCGCAGACGGAGAAUCUGCAAGGAUGCACUAUAAAGCUCUCAAACGUAUUGCACCCAUGGCUGGUAGAAAGCAGGUUCCAUUGUUUACGGAGCUGGCGCUAACCAAAGUCAACAUCGUCUGCGCUUUUCUUCACCAUCAAUCGAUCAUACUUCUUCGCACGAGGGAGAAUCACACCGUGAGACGCGUGAAGGAAGUCAUCGAAAUCGACCGCAAACUCUGGACAUCCGAUCGAGAGUGGUAUAAUCAUCGAGCAAGUCUGUCAGCACGAAUGCUGGCCUGGCGCGUGGAGGAGCCUGCUGACAAGCUCCAGAGUGAGACUGCAGCAGCACUGCGGAGGCUAGACCCGAGGAGCAAAGUGCUGACAGAUGCGGAAAAUCUCGAAAUGCAACGUUGCUAUCAGAUUGCGAUAUAUUUCGUAAUGUACCUUCAUGGGAUCAACUUCAAUACAGGGGCACCUCGGGUACGAUCGAGCGUUGACACAUUGCGUGAUAAACUCAGCAAGAUGAAUUUGUACUUUAUGAGCACAGUCUGUAGGACCUCCCUGUUUAAUAUCUUGCUGGCAGGUGCAAUGGCAUCGCGUGGCCGGUGGGAAAGGGGCUGGUUCAUCAAACAGAUAACGACUCUUUAUCCCGAAGUUCGGUAUAUGGAUGACGUCUAUGCAAUGCUGGUCGAAUUCAUUGAUCCUUUUGGGAUCGUUUUCAGUGUCGUGGAGGAGAUUUGGGAGGAUGUUCUGAAGUUUCGUUCGGCCAUGUCAAUUCGGACUGGUAACAUGGAUCUUUAUCGAGGUGAUAUUGUCCGACCAGUCGAACAAAACAGGCCGAUCACCUAUUCCCCCGACUUAUCCAAGCCUCCCGAUGUGGUGGAAGACAAAGAGGUAGUAAUUGAGGUCGGUGAGGAAUUUGACUGA